AUGGAUGGAUAUCCUGUUGUGACGUGGAAUUCGUAUUCGCAAGCACAGCGGCUGCUGCCUCCCAAGUACCGUCUCGCAAAGGACCUUCCGCAUGAGCUCCAGGACCGCGUCAAUGCCCUCCCUCAGUCGUAUAGACAUUCGCAUCAGGCAACCGUGCUCUUCGAGGCUAUGAUUGAUGAAGCAAUGGAUGACGAGCUCGGAGCCCCUCCCAUCUCAAUCAUUAACGAGGUGACUGAUGAAGGUGCGCCGCCUUGGGAAUUCGUAUACACAAACCAGAUGUGGUAUGGCGAAGGCGUUCCGGCGCCAGAUAUCAAGAAUCUGAAGAGCUGUGGCUGUGUUGGGCGAUGCGAUCCCAAGUCGAAGACGUGCGGGUGCGCGAAGCGGCAGCGCCAACAUCUCAAGCGGUAUAUUGCCAACGGUACUAUACCUAGUACCUGGAACGGUGUACCGUUCUUGUAUGACAACAAGGGGUCUCUGCAGUUUUUCGAGAUCCCGAUCUUUGAGUGUAAUGAUUUUUGUGGGUGCGAUGAGGAUUGUCCCAACCGAGUUGUUCAGAGGGGCAGAAGAUAUGCCAUAAACAUUAAAAGGACAGAAUUCAAAGGAUGGGGUGUCUUUAAUGGGCCGAAGAGAAUUCCUAGAGGAUCCUUUGUCGGCAUCUAUGCUGGCGAGUUGUUGACCGUGGAGGAGUCUGACCGCCGUGGAGUGCUAUACAACAAGUUCGGACGAACUUACCUCUUCGAUAUCGAUUUCCAUCAUAUGGGUGCAGUAGCAACAUACUCUGUGGAUGCUUAUCACGCCGGAAAUUUCACUCGUUUUCUUAACCACAGUUGCGACCCGAAUUGUGAAAUUGUUCCGUGCUACAUCAACGAAGCCAAUAUGGAGAAGCCGUUGUUGACGAUCUUUACCAAACGAGAUGUUGAACCAUCCGAGGAGCUGUCCUUUUCCUACAUUGGCAGCAUAGAUAAAGACACGGCCAAAAAUGCGAAAAAGAAUAAAGAUGCGGUCUAUGCGGAGUGUCAUUGUGGGAGCGCAAACUGUUUGGGAGUGUUAUUUUCGUAA